AUGCGGAACUAUAACGCUUCGCAGGCAAGUGCGGCAGGCGCAACUACAACAUCAACCAAGGCAGGAACAUCACGAUACGCAGGCAGGGGUGGGCAGGCACAACAACAACCACGGCGGAACCAUCACGAUUCGCAGGCAGGGACAGCAGGCAGAACAACAUCCAAGGCAGAAUCAUCACGAUUUGCAGGCAGGGGCGGCAGGCACAUCAACAACAACAACAAGCAAGGCAGAACCAUCACAACAGUAACAACCAAGGCAGAACCAUCACGAUUCGCAGGCAUGGGCAGCAGGCACAACAACAACAACAACAACAACAACAACAACAACAACAUCCGGGGAAAAUCACCAUGCGCAGGCACGGGUCGGCAGGCACAACAACAACAACCAAGGCGGAACUAUAACGCUUCGCAGGCAGCGGCAGCAGGCAGAACAACAAUAACAACCAAGGCAGAACCAUCGUAA